CUAGCCAGUUGAGCUGUCAUCUUAUCGUUGAUAUGUAGUUAAACUAAAAAUCGAGCUCUUUUACCUCGUGUUUCUUUAAAAAUAUAAUUAAGGAAAAAUUGUGUUAUUACAAAAAGUGUCGCGUUUAAAAAUGCAAUUAAAAAAGAUAGAACGAAACGUUCAUACAGAAUAUGAAACAUGGGAAUUAAAAAAUAUAAAUGAAAUAUUCUCAAAAGUAAAGCCCAACGCGAAGCUCAAUGAAGCCGUUCCGGUGAUUUACAAAUUUGUUAAGGAAUUUGAUAGUCAUCCCAUUGAGUGGUACGUCAAGUUGAUGUUUCGUCGUAAAAAAUUGAAAGGUGGAUUCAUCAUGGAUUUCGACGCUGUUGAAAAAUUGGCACCUAAGAAUCAUGUCACCUGUAACAUUUACCUGGUCGACGCCGACGAAAAUAAGUUUUUUCUUGGACGAAAGAACCGGAGAUCUGAUUCUACACUUUUUUAUUAUCCUGGUGUUACUUUAGGCGCCUUUUGUGGAUACAACCAAUUACCAAACACCAUUGAUAAAUUACUUCCAAAUGAUACCAUGACAUUGCUCAUCGAACUCAACACUUACUUGGACGAUAAUUUUAUAUUUCCUUACGAAUUCAUACAAUGUUCCAUUGAACAAGAUUCUAAUUUAUCAGAUGAUUUCUUGAAGUUAUAUAAAUUUCGAAAUGAGGGUGAGCUUAUGAUCUAUGUGCAGAGUGUUGAAUUUCCAGUCCAUAAAACUGUUUUAGAAACACGAUGUCCGAAAUUAUAUGAUGUCGUAGCUCGUCAUCAACAAACGUCUGACAGCAAUAAUAACCAAUUGGCUCUUACGGAUAUCAAGCCAGAGAUAUUUGAAAGAGUGUUAGAAUUUAUCUACACUGGAAAAGUUAAGGACUUAGAUGAUCAUGCAGAAGAUUUGCUAGAAGCUGCUUCGAAAUAUGAAUUAAUAAAACUGAAAAAUUUGUGCGAAUUCUCCCUCAUCGAGAACUAUCUUACUUGGGAAAAUCAUUAUGAGAUUAGAGAAUUGGCUAAUCGUUUAAAUGCCUCUGAAUUAUUAAUGAACACUUAUCUGUUAGAGAAUAUAUCCAACGCUUCACUAAUGAAUUUUUAUUGUACACUUAGUGGUACUUUAAUAUCCACAAAACUCGAUGGUUCAAAAAAUGUGACUAAAAACUAUUUUAGAAAUGGUAUACCGAAGGGAAUCAGAAUUGUAGAAGAGGAGAUGGCUUUGCAUCAACCCUCGCAGAUUUGAAUCACGGUGGAAACACCGUAGAAGUGUAAACACCGUGGAUCCACCGUGAUUACACGGUGGGUUUGUUCCAUUUCACCACCGGGUAUAUACAGUGUAUCCACUGUGAUUACGCGGUGUAUCCACCGUAAUUCCACGGUGGCUUGACCACUGUGUAU